GGUCGUCGUCGUGACGGCAGUAGUAGCAGCAGCCAGCGAGCAAGUAAGCCUCGACUCAGGCAGGCUAAAGGAGAGUUUGUUGUAGCUUGGCUCGUACAUAGCUAUUAAAACUGAGCGUCGCGAUGGAGGAUUAUCCAUCGGUGCACGGAUCGUUGACGAUGAAGCAGCACCAGCAAUUAGACACUCGAGGUGUAGCAGUGUCAGCAUCGCGGUGAGUGGGGCUGUACAGCGACGAUUGGGGCUCAGCAGUAUCAGCAUCAGUAGCAGGAGGAGGAGAGUUUGGCCGGCCUGCGUCGUCGUCCCUUGGCUUUCUCGACAAAACGAAGAAAAUGGUCAUGAUGGCCGGUAUGGACGAGCACGAGCGCAAAGUCGUGGUCGAAUUCUGCCACCUGCUCGAGAAGAGUAAGCAGCUGUUCAACGGGUUGCGCGAUCUGCCACAGUACGGACACAAACAGUGGCAGGCCUACUUCGGCAGGACAUUCGACAUCUACACCAAACUUUGGAAGUUUCAACAGCAACACCGUGCCAUCCUCGACAGCAAAUACGGACUGAAAAGAUGGCAGAUCGGAGAGAUAGCAAGUAAAAUCGGCCAGCUGUAUUAUCACUACUACCUAAGGACGAGCGAAACGAGUUACCUCCAUGAAGCCUAUUCCUUCUACGCGGCGAUACGAGGCCGCGCUUAUUACAGCCGUGCAGCCAAGGAGGACAGAAGCGAUCUCAUGGUCAAAAAGCUUAGGUAUUACGCGCGGUUCAUUGUAGUAUGCUUGCUGCUGAAUAAGAUGAAGCUGGUACGUGAGUUGGUGCAAGAGUUAGACGCGCAGAUCGCCGAUUACAGUAGCACGUACGAGCCGGACGAUCAAGUCGAGUGGAAUCUCGUACUCGAUGAGAUCAAAGCAUUCGUCAAAGCCGAGGCGGCAAUCGCGGUAUUACAUACCGAUACAAAUGCUCCUGUUGUGUUGACCCAUCGAGUUGGUCAACUUACCUCGCCGCCGAUCGAACGCUCGCCACCCAUGUGCCUAUCUCUACAGGAGAUCCUCAUCGUCGGUAAUUGUGCCGAUCAGGUGAAAUUCAGCGAGCUAUCGAUGGAUAUGUUCAGGAUGCUGCAAACAUUGGAACGCGAGCCACGAGAUGAUCCAAAUCACCUGCACGACGCAUCGCCAGCAGGUCGGAUGCCGUUCAGGCCUGGUCCAUAUCCAGCGGAAAAUGGAGCGCCAAGGCGUGACAAUCCGCACAAGUAUUUACUUUACAAGCCGACCUAUAGCCAGGUACAGGUAUUCCUUGCGAGUGGCUUUAAGGAAUUACCUGUCAAUGGUGCAUUAUUGCUUUAUCUAUCGGCGGACGGUUGCUUUUCAACGGUCAAGAGGCCCGAAGAAAUGGGUUACGACCUUGGUGGCGUAUCAACGUCGUCGAAGCGCGAGCUGGACGCACAUGGCAUAACGAAGCAACAACGUCUUGCCGGCGCCAAAGAGCCCCACUGCCUCUAUCCUGGCGACCUGUACCCUUACACACGGAAGCCGCUGUUCGUUGUGGUAGACUCGGACAAUAGUUUCGUGUUCCAGCAGAUACCGCGUUACUUUGGCCAGCCGUUGAUGGUGCUGAUGUCACCGCAAGAUAUACCAUCUGGAUUGCGCGACUUGAGACACGCGGGCAGUCUGUUCACGCUCUUUUUGCACUCGCCAUUGGCAGCUUUUUGCCUUAUCUGCAAUGUGGACACGCUGCAGCUUCAUCACUGGGAGCGAUGCCAGCGCUACGUCGAGCAGUUUCUCAUCGAGGCAUGCCGACUUGUACUACGCUCACGAUGCGAAUCCAGCGUGCUACAAUUCUUCGGCGACGACUUUCUGCGACUGCUGCUGUUACGUUACAUCUUUUGCGACGUGGUGUUACACCUGCACCGUUCGUUUCGCAGUCGACAACAGAGGCCAAGAUGCCAUCCACCGUUACCCGAAGCUGACGUAUUGGAGCAUCCGCAACUACAUCAUCUAGUACUCGAUCUCGCCAAUUGUCUCGACGUACGCGAUCACUUCCCAGACAGCAACGAGCUCGCCUGACCCCGGCGUUUGCCGGCUUCCGUUGACUUCGCCGAUCAGCAUUGGGAACAGCAGUACCGUUCGACGCCAAAGCAGUCGCAUCAUUACGGGCCGAGCCGCGACUACGACUACGAGUACGACUAUGAUGCUGGCCGAGGUGGCAGUUACACAUACAACAAUAAAGUUGCCUCCUUGCGCCACUGAAAGAAGUCCACUAGAAAGAAAAAAAUGAAAAGAAACAAACGAACGGGGAAGCCGGUGGUUAUUACUCCUCUCUUCUUUCUCUCCCGCAUCCCAUUAUUAUUAUUAUCAAAACAAAAACAUUCGGUUUUUCUACUCAUGUGCGCUAUCUGCAAACAACCCACUGCAAAUUCUUGGGCGACUUUGCUUUCGCCGUCUCAAGUAUUACUAUUUGUAGGUUAAAGUAGGUAAGAGGGGCUAUUGAAUUUCUAUUAGUGCAAUGACGUGAGAUUGCAAAGAAUUAUUAAUGAAGUAUGGCGGUUAUUUAAUGUUUACGGUGAUGAUGAUUGUCUCGCUUUAAAGAGUAUGGCUUUUUUGUACGUGGAGAAUGAUGUUGUUAAGGAUUUUAAAUAAGUGUAUAGAAUUGUUUGUAAUGCCAAAUUUUUCAGUUUUAUCUCUCUUUUUAUUGAGGAGAAAUAGUAAAUAAUUGUUUGUUUCUUCGCGAAAAAGAUUCAGUACAAUAAUGUUUAUAACAUACACAUUUCGAUAUGUGAUUUUUUUCCUUUUAGAGGAGAGCAUUAAGCCAUUUUACCAUGCUUUUAAAAGUUACUUAAGUGCUAGUCCAUUGGUUUAAUAAGAUAUAAGGAGAAGAAUCACGCAAGAAUUUGCAGCAGGUUUGCCUUUCCUUCGUAAAAGGAUCAGAAGAAAAAAAACCAAGGUUCAUCAAGCUUAUUUGUUUCAAUAGUAUAUUAGCAGAUGAUAUAGAUUUUUAUCUUAUUAAAUCAAUACAUCGUAUUCGAAAACGAACUACGAUUAUAAACUAAUUACUUGAUCUCCACGUCGUCUGAUGAAAAAUAAAAAAUGAAUUUUGUUGCUGAUAUUGUAGCUGAUAAAGAUCUAUUAUAGAACUGUUGAUUCUCAAAGAAAGCAAAAGAAGUAAAUCUACCUUUUCCAUUCAAGCAAGGAAACUUGAAAAAAAGUAAUGUAUAUUUUCUGUACUAAUAACUCAGUAUAAGGAAUAUAGUUAAAUUUGAUAAAGAGAAAGAUGACAAAAAGACAGACGUUAUAAAUAUUAGCGUAAAUUCCGUUGCGAGAUCUCGCACUGUAAGAUAAUUGUAAAGUUUUUAAAAGCAACGGUAACUUCUACAAUUAUAAAUACUUAGCUAGGAAAAAAAAUUAACAAAAAAAAAUACAAGUUCAUAAUAAAGCUAGAGUUUAUUGAUUUAUUGUCAGAGAACACGAAAUAAAUUAUGAGGAUGUUGUGAAAUACUCAAUUAAGAUUUAAUUAAACAAGAGUUGUAACUCUUAACAAGCGCUUUAACUUCACUGAAUUUUUUGAGACUAGCAAAUGACAAAAAAAUGAAAUAUAAAUAUAUGAUAUAUACAUACUGAAAAUGUAAUAUAUACAAAAAACAAAAAAUUAUAGUAUAUGAAUCUUAAUGCAUUUUCUUUUAAAGAAAAAAAAACAAGUAAUUAGCCUUAAGAUAUGGAUUUAUCUUGCUCUUUAAAAAGAAUUGAUUUAUUUGUAAAGUCUCUUACGGCUAAAGACACCUUAUAGUAGAAGGAAAUAAUUCCUAAAUUUUAGCUGCAACACUUUUUAGAAAAUUCCUUGAUAUUUUUAUCAACGCUACAUCACUUAUACCUUUUGACUUCAAUUGCAGUAACUUAGUCUUGACUAGAAAAGCAUGUUAAAUAUUCGACUUUAAUCUUUGGAACUUUUUAGUAUUUUUAUUUCGAGAUUUGGAUCGUUCUUAUAUAUAUAUAAUCUCCAAUUAGUCAACUAAUUAAGAACAAAAAACACAAUAUUUAUUAAAACUCUUGUGAUUCAUGAUGAAGUUCUGAUAAAUGCCAACUUUACUCUGCAUUGUACUUGCGUUUAUUUCAUUGAUAUAUAAGAAUAAAUUGACGAUCUAAAUCUCUCCCACACAUACAUACACUCACCGUUGAUGCACGCGCAUAGAGAAAAAAAGUGUUCGUUCGACGCUCGACAGCGUUCGAAGUUUUGCGAUAAUUGCAAUUAUUAAUUACGUCGUCUCGAGUACGAAAUGUGUAGUUAGGUAAUGUCGAGCAUACGCCGAUGAUGAAAUAUAUAAAACAAAUUUAACAAGUGUGUGUCUUAUUGCCUGUAUGAACGGACAUAUACUCCAUACAUUACACGUGUACUUGAGCGAAAUGCGCCUGCGACUACUGUGAUUCCCUUUUUUACAGUAACUUUUAAUCAUAUGGACUUUGAAACUCUAGUUUGUGGUCUCUAAUUACUUUUUUCGGAUGUAAGUGAACGUUUUUACAUCGAUCGAGAUUUUUUUCUUUUGUUUUUUGUUUCUUUUUAUUACUUAUGUUUUGUGAGAGACGACUGUUCAAUUAUAUAUAUAUAUUGCUGCUGUUGUAUUUCAGUUUCUCGCGAAUGAGAAAGGAAAAAUAAUAAAAAAAACAUACUUAUCAUAAUUAUUUCUGACAUAUCCUUAUCUAAGAUGUAAACAUACAUAUGGCCGUAUACAUAAAAAGCUCUGAAAAAAUAAUAAAUUAUAAUGCGACAAAAUGAAUAACAAUCGAAAAAGAAUAAUAUAUAAAGUCUGUAUGAAAAAAAUAACAUUUUGACAUUAAAACAUGCUUUUAUUGUCUGUGAUUGAAGCAAAAUAAUGAAGUUGAAAAAAAUAAAAAAAAUAUAUACAAUAAUAUAUUAUCCACAUCUAUUAUAACAAUUAUCACCGAUAACGGCAACAACAAAUGCUUUAUAAAUAAAUGAGAAAAAAAUACGUUACACUCCAAAGGUGUAAACAUAAUUAAUUUUGAGACUUAUCGGCAGUCGAGUGUGCUUGAAAAGAGAAAAAGCUAUUAUAUAGCGAAUAGGCGAAAUCAGUAAAAAAAAAAGUAAAAGGCGAGUGCUUGUGCGUGAUGUGAGUAUAAUGCUGAGCGAUACUCGAUCGAGAAAGUCUGUUUAAUUGAAAGAUUUUUCGCUUGUUGCGCCCGACGAAAUUUUCUACUUCAGUUUGUUUAUUAUAUUAUGAACAUAAUAUACAUAAGGUGUAUAUAUAUAUACACACACAAACAUGAAAAUACACACACACAUAUAAAUAUAUAUACAACAAGCUUUUACUUUUGGUUGAAUGACGAUGUAAAUGGAAGUCAAAUAAAAAAAAAAAGAAAAAAAUACAAGAGAAACGCACGUAAAAACCAAGCGUGUUAAUUUAUAUACGUUAUGUGUAUUGCUCCUAUUUAAAUACAAUGGCAUCGAUUUUACACGUAUCCACGUGUGUAAUUUUAAGUCAAUGUAUUUCAAAUUGGAGCAACUAUAUAAUGAGUAUAAUUUUAUACACUUGGUUUUAUCGUGUAGCCAUACAAAUUGUUGAAUUAAGAGAAACAAAAAAAUAGCGCGAUUUUCUACAGAAUAAGUAUUUUGUGAUCCAGCUCGAGAUGAGGAUGAAUGCGUCGCUGAAAAAAAAUGGACUGUAAACGGACAUCUUGCGGUUUUAUCCAUAAUGUAAACGCUCUAAAUCUAUAAUAGUGGAAAAAAAAGAGUCGGAACAUACACACAAAAGUUGUUGACACGGCGAGUGAGUUUUUCCGGUGAAUGUUUCGUUGAUAUAUUUCACGCGUCGCCUGUAAAUUUUCGCUCUUCGAGGUCGCGCGGAUUGUAAAAUAAUUUUAUACGAGUGACGAUUGCUUAAAAAAAAAAUAAUAAUAAAUCUUUACAUAGUUAAGAUGUUCGCGCGGCUGUGAGCGAAAAAUGGGAUACGCGGGAAAAUUGAGAACGAAUUCAACGGCUCGCCGCCCGCUACGUUUUUGAAAAAUCUACGGACAACGUUGAAUUAUAGGCUCUGUGUUAUGAAUAAAAUUUCAUGCUCUU